CACUAUGCAUUUGCCGCUUUAGGAAGUUGAGAAGAAGAGACUAGAAAGAGAGAAAAAUUUUGCAUUUCCAAAAAUGGACGUUUCGCCGGCGAUAUGCGACCAAAAUGUUCCCGCGGAAGACGACGAAGAUGAAGAUUUGUGCCGGAUUUGUCGAUCAGCGGAGGAACCAGGAAACCCAUUGAGAUAUCCGUGCUUGUGUCGUGGGUCGAUCAAGUAUGUUCAUCAAGAUUGUCUUCGUCUUUGGCUGAAUCGUCGCGGAUACAAGAAAUGCGAGCUUCCAUGUAACGAAUUUCUGAUUGGAGUAUUAUCGAGAGUAGCACGUUACAUGAAAUUGAUUGUUCCUUGGAUUCUGCUGAUUCUCUUCAACACAUACUGCAAUUCCUUAUAUCCUUUGGGCCGAGAAUUUGCUGCUGAGUUCCAGAGUUUGUUUUGGAUGUCUCCCAAGUUCGCUUCUUUGUGUGCUGGCCUGUUAUACAGCCUUAUCAUCUCGUGUGUCAUGGGCACUCUCACUACUAUAAGGAUGGAGGUAGGAGAUCUCAAUGCUGAGAAUUUUAUCGGGAAUGGCCUACUACAUGGAGUUAUUGGUGGAGUUGUGAAGUUCUUAUGGAAAUAUAUGCAGAUCCUUUGUGAUUGGUAUUUUCAUAAACUUGUCUAUUUCUUGGGGCCACCUCGUCGACUAAUACAUGUUCCUCCAAACGCGCCACUUCAUGAAUUUGGGGUUAUCCGGAGGCUGCUUUUCUUUCUGGAUGACAAUGCUUUUGCUGGCCUUGCCAUCAGCGUAUAUGUGCCUUUCCUCUUUGUUCUUCUGCCAUUUUCAGUUGGAUGGAUUGUUUUAGCAACUGUUGGAGGCACCUAUCUAUCUGGAAACUCGCCUGUUAUUCUUGGAUACACGAUGAUUCUGUCAUUUUCAUUUGCUUACCUUGGAAUCCUCUUCACUCUUGGUCAUAUCUCAUUUCCAGCCAUAGUCCGGUGGUUUUCGUUUGGAGUUCACUUCCUAACAGUGAAAUUGCCGUCUCUCUUGUGGGUUUUCUCAGUAGAAGCCUGCAAAAACAUAUCUGUCAUUGAGGAUGCCUUCGUCUCGUGCUUUAAAAUUGAUGUUCUGCCCCGGAUAACUGGAUGUUGGCUCGAAUUCUGCACCUCCCGGUGGAUCGGAUUUCACUUCAUAACAGUGAAAUUGCCGUGUCUCUUGUGGGGUUUCUCAGUAAAAGCCUGCAAAAAACUAUCGUUCAUUAAGCAUGCCUUUGUCUUGUGCCUUAAAAUUGGUGUUCUGCCUUGGAUAAUUGGAUGGUGGCUCGUAAUCUGCACCUCCCCUUUGUUUGGAACCACAAAUUCCCAGAGAUUUGAGAUUCUUUCACACUUCCCAGGCAUGAUGAUCUUACGUUGGUGUUUAGGAUUCUGUUGCUUGAUAAUUGCCGACUCUUAUAGGGAACUUAUCCAGGAGAUCAUUCAUAAACGAGCCUUUUGGUAUCUCCUAGAUGUCACAGAUCCAGACUACAAGAUCACCAAACUGAAUCUUGGUUACAGUCUCUUUGUGAUUGCUUUUCAUGGGGUAUUGUUGGUGAUUUUGACUCACUUACCAAUUAAAGCAAUUACAAGCAUCAGCCCAUCCUUUUUUCCUCUUGAUUUAUGGGUUAACCACGAAAAGCCUUUUACUGGUGCAUACUCGAUUUAUUUCAACCUACUGAGAUAUGGCCCGCAAUGGUUACUCAAACAUACUAUACCAGCUAUGAGACUCAUAGUUCACAACUGGAUUAUCACUGUUAGUGCUUGGCUUCAGCUGAGUGAUUUCAUGCUGGUAGUUCCGCGUGGAGAAGACUUUCACCGCACUGAUCAGAAUGUGAGACCAAUGAUGCAACCAAGAAGGCCAUAUGAUGAUAAUCCAAUGUUUCUAUUGUAUUCCAUAGCUGAAGGCUCAGUGGUCAUUAUGGAUGAAUAUCAGAAUGCUGAAGACGAUAAUCAAGACCAAAGAGAUUACAGGUUUCUGCCAAAGAUUGCCUUGAUGUUGGUGUUAGCUGCUUUGAGUUUGUUCCUCAUGAGUACAGCCUUCAUGGCUUUGCCAAUUUUGGCGGGAAGAGUAUUCUCUGACUCUCUCUCUUUCAUCAUGCUAAGAUUUGGAAUCAAACAUGACGAUCUUUUUGCUUUCUGGAUUGGAUGUAAUAUCCUGCGAGCAAUCUAUGACAGCACUUGCUUUGCAUUUGAUCAUAUCUGGAGGGGAAGAACCGAUUUACUUCUCAAAUAUAUCUGGAUACGUAUACGAAUUGGCUUGUUUUUCUCUAUCUGGAUCUCUGUCAUCCCCGGAUUGCUUGGUCUACUCAUCGACCUUAUGAUCAUCAUACCAUCACGAGUGCCACUAAAUGAAUCACCGGUUUAUUUCUUGAUCCAAGAUUGGUUAAUUGGAGUAGUGGUGCUUCACAUAUGGACCUUUCUGACAAUGCUCACACCUAUCAGCUGUUUUGCGACCAAGGCAUGGCGAGGGAAGUUUGAGAGAAUAAGAAACGUGGGAAUCGAUAGACUUCCUUCAAUGUGGCUGAUUCGAGAUGUGAUUGGUUCCAUCAUAAACACACUUGUAACCACACUCUCCAUCCCUUACCUGCUUGCGAAGGGUCUAUUCCCGUUGCUUGGAUUCUCCCAAAGCAUCAAUUUAGCUGUUGAACGGUGUAUUUGGCCGGCGUUAUUAGCUUUGAUCACAGUCUGGUUUAUGGCCAAGCUAACACGUGAUCUCAUUAUCUACCUUCACCAGUUGGUCUUCAAUGAAAGGUAUCUGGUGGGUGAAAGAGUGGACAAUUUGACUGAAGAUCCAGAGCAGGGGAUAAUCAUCUAUGGAACAUGACCAACAAGGACUUUUUUGUUCAUAGUCAAGUCAAUAUGUUAAUAUCUUUAGCAAUGUUUAGGUUUCUGAAUUUGACAGUAAUUUGAGGUAACCAAAUUGAGAGUAGACAUGUAUAGUGUGCCUUACACUCUUAUUUUUGACCGAAAUAUUGGAAUCA